AAUAGAUCAACGGCAUCAGGUUCAGCGUCCGGGGGUUCUAACACUGGUUACUAGUUACUAGUGUUUACUAGUGUUAUGGGAUCGCAGGAAGCCGACUAGCCGGGACGCACAAAUAGCUAGGUAUUUGCUUACAGCCAGAACACCGAAGCGAAGCUAUUCCGACGUACCCUGUUUGGUGACGAAACGAAGCCAUCACGAUGUCGUCCACGCCCCCAACACACGAAGCUCGCGACGGAGAGCAGCAGCCCCAGCAAAACGCCAACAAGCUUAGCCGGCUCAUCAGGCGAUCCAUCAACGUCACCGCCAUUGCCGGCCCCCGAAAGCCGUAUAGCAAAACGGUUAACAGCAUCCACAAGCGAAUUAAGUUCAUAGCUAAAAACCUUCAACAUGACGAAACUGAAGCCUUACGCCAAGAGAUAAAAGGGAUCAACGAACGUCUCGAUAAGCUAACCUCCCUUCUCGAAGGUCGGUUAGCUGAUCCACCGAGCCCACCGAGCCCACCGAGUCCCUCGCCGCCAGCAGCGCCCGUAGUCGACGAGCGCAACAGCAACGGCGAAAACGAGGCCAAAACCACUGACGACGCUCGAGACCGAGCCCAUCCGGUAACUGAGCCAGUCCAGCCGGCUUAUCCAACCGAGCAUCCCAAGGCGGAGAGCGCUUAUCCACCAGUGGGACCCGAGCCACAAAUAGGACCUCACCGACCUCUGUAUCUCGGAACGGCAGAGACACACCAAGAAAGGUUCGUCAGAGCCAAGUGGCCGCCGGUGAUACUACCUAGCGAAGCCGCCAAGUUCCCGACGCGUGCCGGUGGGGACUGGGUCGAGAUCCCAUCACGCUUACGACUGGUAUGGGCCGACCACAAGACUCUGGAGAAGCUGGGAGAGAUUCAGGACCGACUGCAGGCCGCCAUGUUCCCUUACGAGCUUUGGGUAAUCCGAAUCAUCUGUGAGCUAGCCGGAGACUUCCAGCAAGUCGCUAUCUUUGCGCGUAAUCACCGGCCGUCUUGGGUGACAUUGGUGGAAGCCGUUAUCCAGGUGGUUGAGGAUUAUUGCGGCUCGGUGAUCUAUAGGGGGAUAACUAUGAACUAGAACUGCCAAUUGAACAGCUUAUUGAUAAGUAUCAAUCGGAUUCAGGUGAAUAUUGUCGAUUACAGUGAAAUACGGCUUCAUUCUGUAGUGGCUGAGAUCUACACCUACCCCGGAAAUUUGCCGGUAGGCAUGUACAGUGGGUUAUGCACUUAUCCGGUGGCAGUGGAGGGGAAAUUA